CCCAGGCGGAGGGUUAGGACAGUCACCUCCUGAGCGGUGGGACGUGGCGGUGUUGAGCUCGCCGCCGCUGGAGGAGGCUGCGCCCGCCCGGAGGAUGCCCAGGACCCCGCGGGAGCCCCAGCGGAUCAGAACUUUUUAGGCUGCCCGCCCCGAUCCCCGCAGUCUCCCGGCUCGGUGUCUGCAGGUGGGGGCCAAGGGGUCGCCGCGGCGCAGCUCCUCGCCAGUCCCCACCCCCAGCUCGGCCGCCCGCCGCUUUGUUCGGGGCGCGCAGAGAGAAGGCGAGGCUGCGGCGGAUCAUGCCCAUGGUGUAGCCGCCAAGCGGAGGCAUGGCUGCCGGAAGGUUACUGCUCUACACCGGCCUUUCGCUAGCGCUCUGCGCCCUCGGCAUGCUGGCUGUGGCCAUCUGCUCCGACCACUGGUACGAGACGGACGCCAGGAAACACAGGGACAGGUGCAAGACCUUCAACACCCGCCGGGUCGACCCCGGCUUCAUUUACAACAACAACAACAACUUGCCUCUGCGCGCGAGCCGCUCGCGCCUGGACCGCUGGGAGGGCAAACUCCUCCGGGCCCGGAAUCGCCGGCAGCUGUUCGCCAUGAGCCCGGCGGACGAGUGCAGCCGGCAGUACAACUCCACCAACAUGGGCCUCUGGAGGAAGUGCCACCGGCAGGGCUUCGACCCGGAGAUCGCCGCCCUCAUCCGGAAAGGCGAAAUUGAGAGAUGCACUUACAUCAAGUACCACUACUCCUCAGCAACAAUCCCCAGGAACCUCACAUUCAACAUCACCAAGACCAUUCGCCAGGAUGAGUGGCAUGCCCUGCGUAAGUACAACUGCGUCUUUUUGGCUGGACUCAGUGGGCAGCUGUGCCUGAGGUCCCCAGCUGAGAGCCCCGAGAGACUCAAUCAGUGCGUCUGCUACAACCACACCAGACAUGGGCUCGCACACAGCGGCCUUGAAGCUAUGCCCCAGGUACUUAGAACACGACACAAGGCUUGUGUGGGAGCCCUGCACCCUUGUCCCGUGUUUAACCACCUCAUCGGUGUGAUCGAGGGCGUUUGUGCCACAGUGAUCCGUGCUGCAGCUAGGUAA